AUGAACCGUCGCUGUUCACAGUCGGUUCGGACGCUGGUUUUCGACGAUUCAGAUUCUGACCCGCCGAAAGCCGGACGGAAGGACAUCUCCACGGCCGGGGCUCUGUCGUCGCUGAACCAAAGCGCUGAAGAUGCGGGCAAGGCGUCACGCAAUACAAACCUCGUGCGCAUGCGCCGGUCGGCGCUUGGGAAGUCGGCGCCGACGCUCUCCGUCCAUGUGAAAGAGCAAUGCAUCGUAUCACGGCGGCCCUCAAGGCUCCCGCCGCCGCCCCCGCACCACAGGCUUUCACUCGUGGUGGGGUCAGGCAGAUGCAGCUCCCCGGGCACAGGGCCCCUGUCCCCGGCGGACGGGCCCCGGUGGCCCCAUUCGCACCACCCGCACCCGCUGCACCACGCCCUGCUCUCGUCCAGCGUGAAGCGCGGCAAGGAGCUCGAUGGCCGCAGGUGGUCGGUGGCGUCGCUGCCGUCCUCCGGCUACGGGACCACACCGGGCAGCUCUAGUUUAUCAUCACAAUGCUCGUCCCAGGAGAGGCUGCUGGCGGUGCAGGCGACGUGCGAGCCACCACCACGCGCGCCCUGCCCCCACUGUCACCAGCACCAGAAUUCGCUCAACAGCUCGCAGGGCAGCGGCAUGAACAACUGGGCGUCGCUGUCGGACAGCGGCGGCAGCGGGCCCGCCGCGCGCGCGCCCUCCCCGCACAGCCCCGCGCGGCGGGUGCGCUCGCGCAGCCUCAGUUCACCGUCUCGGUCCCCGGGGGGCGCGGGCGGAGAGGCUCGUGAGGACGCAGUGUCGGCCAUGUCGGCGUUGUUCGCCGCCAGGUUCCCGGCCGCACAACGCGCCAUGGACGACAAAUUACGAUCUCUCAUAGAGGAACUGACUGAAUUAGAUAAGAAACCAGACCGACCGCCGAUAGAGAGAUUCGUUCAAAGACAGGUAUUGGAGAUGGCACGUGACUGUUUGCAUAAAUCGGAAUCGAAGCAGGUGACCAGCAGCUACUUUUAUGAUAUGGCUGAUAGUCUGGACCGGUUAUUGGCAGAAACGCGCGAGAAGUCAGCGGAAGCUGGCGCGCGCGUGGCGCCGCUGGUGACGCGGCUGGUGCUGGGCAUGGCGCGGCCGGCACGACUGCUCGAGUGUCUGGAGUUCGAUCCCGAGCGGUUCUACCGGCUGCUGGAGGCCGCCGAGGGCCAGGCGCGGCACAUACAGGGCAUAACGACGGACAUCCCGCAGUACAUCAUCCACAAGCUGGGGCUAUCACGGGAUCCGCUGGCGGAGUUACACGCACCGCCUCCACCGCCACCGCCGCAGAAUUCAUCUCCUUCCAAAUCUCGGGGUCGCGCGAGUCCCCCUGGGGGCGCGGGGGGUGCUCCCCCCUCCGAGAACGACUACCACGUGAUCAAGCUCAUCUCCAACGGGGCCUACGGCGCCGUGUACCUCGUCAAGCACAAGCAAACUCGACAGAGGUAUGCGAUGAAGAAGAUAAGCAAAAAUAACUUGAUACUGAGGAAUCAGGUUGAACAAGCAUUUGCUGAAAGGGACAUACUCAGUUUCGCUGAUAAUCCUUUUGUGGUGUCGAUGUACUGCUCGCUGGAGACGCGGCGGCACCUGUGCCUGAUCCUGGAGCUGGUGGAGGGCGGCGACUGCGCGGCGCUGCUGCGGGCCGGGCCGCUGCCGGCCGACAUGGCGCGGCACUACUUCGCGGAGGCGGUGCUCGCCGUCGAGUACCUGCACUCCUACGGCAUCGUGCACAGGGACCUCAAGCCCGACAACCUGCUCAUCACGGCAACUGGCCACAUAAAGCUGACUGACUUUGGACUCAGCAAGAUGGGUCUCAUGUCAUUGGCAACGAAUCUAUACGAGGAGUACGCAGACCGCGAGGCGCGGCAGUUCUCUGAUAAGCAGGUCUGCGGCACACCCGAGUACAUCGCGCCGGAGGUCAUACUCAGGCAGGGUUACGGCAAGCCAGUGGACUGGUGGUCCAUGGGUAUCAUCCUGUACGAGUUCCUAUCUUCGGUGAUACCGUCCGAGGAAUUAUUCGCGCAUACGGUCAACGAUGACAUCGAGUGGCCGUCAGAGGAAGACUUCCCAAUAGCGGUGGAGGCGAGGGCCAUCAUCACGGAGCUGCUGGCGCGGAACCCUCGCGACCGGCUCGGCACAGGCGGUACACACCAAGUCAAGGAACACGUAUAUUUCUGCGGUCUCGACUGGAACAAUCUAUUGCGAAGGAAGGCAGAGUUCAUACCGCAGCUGGAGAAUGACGAAGACACCAGUUACUUUGACAGUCGUUGCGACCGAUACAACCACAGCGAGGUGGACACGGACGAGGCGGCGGAGGGCGGGGAGGGCGCGGAGGACGCGGUGUUCGCCGCCUUCUCCAGCACCUCGCCGCAGUGGCGCAGGCACUACCACCACUCGCACUCACACUCACACUCACACUCGCACUCCCACUCCCACUCACACUCACACUCGCAGUCCGCCGUCUCACAUGACUCCAGGAGCACGGACAGCUGGCCCGGCACUCCUGACAGCGCUGGCCCACCCACUACACCCACUGCACCACCGCAUCAUCAUCAUCCCAAGUGUCCAAUGGUGGGCGGCGGCGCGUCGACGGCGGAGUCGUCGCAGACGGACUCGGACGACGUGUCGCCCGCGUGCCGCCGCCGCGCGCCGCUGCGGCCCGCGCACGUGUCGCUCGGCUCGCUCGGGUCCCUCGGGUCCCUCGGGUCCCUCGGGUCGUUGGCCUCGCUCUCUCACUCGCUGCUCACGCACCACCACCCGCCGCCGUCCACCGCGCUCGCGCUCCUGCCCAGGACAUCAGAGUUAAAGAAAGAAGAGCGCAGCAUAGAGAAGCCGGAUAAGCCUGAAAAGACGAAGCCCGCAUUUAUUGCGCCGAAAUCGAUGCGACGCUCGGCCAGCACAUCUGGUCUUUCUCUUGUCAUACAUCCAGCGGAGGAGAGCGUAGGGUCGGCCGGAUCGCCGUGUGCAGGCAACACCUCGUCGACCAACUCGUCGCGCGACUCGUCGCCCUGCCGGGACCCGCCCUCGCCCUUCGCGCUCGCCAACCACUCCAAACCUAGAAAAAAUAUAGAAGAAUUCGUUCUCUAUUUCAUCACGCAGCUUAUAUAAGAGUCCGUAAUGUGACUGCUGCACACGCAGGUGUUGCGGUUACUGCUGGCGGCCCCGCAUGCGACGCUACGGGCUACACCUUUGGACCAGACUACCAUACAGGCGGGCGGGCGGCGCCGCGCGGGGGGCGGGCGGCGCGCGGCGGCGCCCCCGCGCCCGCGGCCGCGUCGCCGCUGCUCUCUGUUCCGGCGGAUCUCCACCAAGCGAGCCUCGCAGGAGAUGCACCAGAUGGUGUCCGGCAGCGGCGUGGGCAGCGGCGAGUGUCCGUCGUCCCCCGCGUCCUCCUCCCCCGCCGCCGACAGCCCCCUGCACACCACCACGCACUACCAACGGCCAUCGUCGUUGCACGGGCUGAAACACAAGUUAGUGGGAGCUGGAGGCGGCGCAGGCGCCGGUGAAGUACGACGAGCUUCGCUGCAGCACGUGGCGCACUUGCCGCACGUACCACACAUGCCGCUGUCGCCGCUCGCCAGGACACCGUCGCCGUCACCACAGCCGCAACCGGCUUCGCCCACCAGCCGAUGCGAGGCGCGCAGUCCGUCACCGCUCGCGGCGCGCGACUGCGGCGGCCGGCGCGCCUGGCCCCGCCGGGACCCGGCCUCGCCGCUGCUGCGCCGGGCCCUCUCCCCGGACAGACUGCAUCCUCGCUCCGCGGAGGCGAAGUGCGCGAUCUCCCCGCUGUGCUGCGGGGGCGCGGGCGGCGGGCCGGUGUCUGUGGGCGGGGCGGGGGCGGGCGGCGCGGGCGGCGGGGCGGGCGGGCGGCGCGGCCCGUGGCGCGGCCCGCCCCCCGCGCCGCCCACGCCCCCGCCCGCGCCCGACAAGCCCGAGGAGCCGCUGCUGCCGCGCAUCGCGGAGGAGAAGGACUCGCCCACGCACCACGCCAACCACCCGCUCCACAGCAGGACUCCAGCCAAGCAGACGACGCCAAGCAUCUUCACAUCAUCGCCGAAGCCAAGCUUGGACAAGUCGUCUUUCGACGCGUCCACGUCGUUCGCAUCGCUGUCAUUAUCCGAUGACUCGUUCGCCGACGGAUCCGCGGAUAUGUCCAACAUCGACACGUCCAGGGAAAUCAAUAUGGACGACAGUCGAACAAGUUCAGAUAGCCUGACUACAGACGACAAACAAAAAAAGCAAAUAGUACAAGAGCCAAUACCAGUGCCGCCUGUUCCCGAACAGCCAAAAGCCAGGAAAAGAUCGGAUUCCAGUCUAAAAGACGAAGAAAUAAAAAGUAAAGACAAGAAGAAAGAAAAACCAGAACUAAAGAAGCAAGAUUCAAUUAAAAAGACGGAAAAACCGGAUAUAAAAGAGGAAAAGAUUGCAGAAGUUAAAGUAGAGGAGAAAAGUAAAGAGAAAGUUAUGGAGAGGGUUGGGUCAGUUAAGAAGACGGAAAAGCAAGAAAAGGCUGAGGCGAAGAAGCAAGAGAAACAAGAAAAAGCAGAAAAGAAGCAAGAGAAGAUGGAAGCAAAGAGGACCGAGUCGAUUAAAAAGAAUGAAGGAUUGAAGAGGCAAGAGUCAGUUGAUACAAUGAAAGCACCAGAAGCGGUGGAAUGCGAGGCUCGUACCAAGAACAGCAUGGUCAGCAAGCUGCUCGGGGUGAUGGUGCGCAAGGGUCGCGACCGGGACGAUGAUGACCACCGGCCUCCCAAGAAGCAGGAGAAGACCAAGAAAAAAAACACAAACCAAUCAAACCAACCAUCGCAAUCCAAACACGACACUGACAAGAGUGAGAAACAAGAAGAGGACAGAAAAGGCAAGAAAGGGAGAGGACGUGCCUCCAGUUCCUCCUCAGGAGAGAAGUAGAGUGAAUAAGAUAUAUAAUCGUGAGUCUCCAACAUGGACAUUACAAGU